AUUUCGCCUACUCCUUCUUCGCUGGAGGUCUGACGUUACUGGGUAUCCUAUCUGCAGAGCUGGGCGCCUUUUGCUCCGUUUCUGCCUUUUCGUCCAUUAUUCAAAUAAUAUUUAGUUUCAGAGGGAAAUGGACGACUUUGGCAACGGGGUUGUGGUGGAAGAAGACCCGGCCGCCGCCUUCCUGGCGCAGCAAGAGAGCGAGAUCGCGGGGAUCGAGAGCGACGAGGGACUCGGCGUCAAUCUGGCAGAUGGGGUCAACGGAGCCAUCAAUGGAGAGUCACAGAGGGUGAGCAACGGGCCCUCGGACGCCUACGCCGCCCUGGCGCAGGUGGAGCGGCAGCCCACGGAGCCCGAGAGCCUGCGCAGGUGGAGGGAGGAGCAGCUGCAGCAGCUGGAGGCGCUCGACGCCAGGUCACGCACGCAGGAGGUGGAGUGGAAGGACCGAGCCAAGGUGGAGCUGGAGGAGUGGUACUCGCGGCAGGACGAGCAGCUCGAGAAGAUCAAGGCCAACAACCGGGUGCUGGAUGAAGAUUUCUACAAACAGCCCCUUUCUGACCUCAUUGGCUAUGUCACGCACAUUAACCACCCCUGCUACCGCCUCGACCAAGCGGCUGAGGAAGCCGUAGCGGCGGACGGCGGCGGCGACGAGUCAGACCCAGGCACAGAGUGGCAACGCGUGGCUCGCCUCUGCGACUUCAGCCCCAAGUCAAGCAAGCAGGCCAAGGAUGUGUCGCGCAUGCGAUCCGUGCUCAUCUCCCUCAAGCAGACGCCCCUGGUGCACUGAUCCUGUCCUUCUGGCACUGCCCCUGCCACAUGGCUCCACCCCCCUCUGCAAGGGGGAAACUGCACUACAACCUGAAUAUCACCUGCGUGACGCAGAACACAGCUGCCGUAACUGUGGAUCAGUCUGCGCACUGACACACGGAAAAGGAUUAUUUCGGUUUGUUGGUUGUGCUGUUUUAGGACCAAAAUUCUGUAAUGUUUAUUUUCCUUUGUCUCCCAGGAAUCUCAAGUACUGAGUAUUUGUACGUCAAGUCUACAAAUAUGGUAUAUGUGUGCGUGUGUACUUAUGAAUAGAGAAGUAUAUAAGAUAUAUAUUGUACAUGUGGGAAAACAGAAAUGACUUUAUUCAAGAUAAGAGCUGUUACACUGGUGUUCCAUGUGUGUUAAAUAGUGUUCCAUACUUGACCUAAAUGUCAUUUAAAUGUAAGUGAAUGAAACCUCACUGAUGUUGGACUGUUUAUUUCCACCGAGGGUGUUCACACAUCUAACAAACAGCUGAGAGGAAAAGCUACAACAGGGACAAUCCAUUAUUGACAAAAGCAGAGUGAAAGCACGGUCUUUCACGGAUUUUACCUGACACUAGAAGGUUCAGGAACAGGCCGGAUGGUUUUGGGCUGAGUGCAACAUCAGGCUGACCUUGUCAGAAAGAACAGGAAUUUCAGAUAGCUGCUCCCCGACAGCCACGCUGGUCAGCAGUAGCGGUGUUAACGGGUCUUUCUGCAGCAAACAGCACAGUGCCUAUUGGUCACAGCUGGGGGUAAUAAAACUGAACCCCCUCAACAACAAAAGGUCAUAAUUCAUAAAGAGGAAGCCAAUGUCGCAGGAUUGCUCAGGAGCGAUGAGGAAAACAUGGUGUGCUGCAAGAGGCUUCACUGUGUUUUAUAAGUCAUAAUUUAGCUAUAAUAAAAUGUUACAGCUUUAGCUUUUCCUGUUAAACUCUUUGUUAAAGUUGUAAUCUGCACUAGAUUUGUGUGGAAAUCAUCCCUGGCACUGCUGCAGUGAAAGGAGAAAAUUUCCCAAGAGCACAAAACUAAAAUUAAUAUUCACUGAAUCAGAUACUCUUUCACAAUUCAUACGAAACUGGUGGGGGGCGAAGGAAAAAAAAAAAAAAAAACUAUUUCUCCAGUAAUAGGGUUGAACUUAGCAAUGAUUUAACCUUUUUUUUUUU